UUUCAACGAAGAAGAGCUGUAAUCGUCUGCUUUCCUGUUGAGGCUGUUGUUGGUGUUGCUGGAAAUGAACUGGGUGGGAGGCUCUAGAAGUCGAAUACGAACGCAAAAUGAAAGGAAAUUACAGCGUGAAUUUUUUGAAAGAAAGAAGUUUGCAGAUAAAAUCCAAGUUUACCGAAGCAUAGGAGGAACUGGUAUAAGAAAACAUGGACUUGGUCAGGAUUUUAGAGCCUUUCAGACAGUUAAUGUAGCACAUUCACACCAUAAAGGAGUAUGUGAAACACCAGCAAGACAAGUAAAAAAGGUUGAUUUGGAUGUUUUCAAGCCAGCAUUUUCUCGAAUGGUAGAAGAUAUUAAUCUUGGACCUGUAUCACCAACAUCGUCUGUUUCAAAAAUCAGUUUGAAUGAACCAAAGUAUGAGACAAAAGAGGCAACUGAUUUCUCAUCAUUUGUUAAACCAGAAAAUCAGAUCUCUAUGAAAACAAGCAAAUCUAGUGUGAAGUUUGAGCCAUAUUCUAGUCCAAAUCCAUACAAGUUUAAAAAGCCUGAGCCAAAGUUGAAAUUUCAGUUUACAGAUUAUGACAUGAGUUUUCCUAGGAAAUUUCAGCAUAAGGAUUUAGAACCUGAGACACCAAGACUUGAAAGUUUUCAUGAACCAUACAUGAGUGACAAGAAAAGCUUAAAAUAUUCAUUAUUUAACACGGAAAAUAAUAAACUCACAACUCCACACCAGAGCGUAUCAGAUAGAAAAAAUAAAAACUUGUACACAGACUCUUCUAGUGAUCUUUCUGUCACUCAGAUUGAAAAAUCUGUAUCAUCACAGAGGUCAAGUAAUGGACUGAAUGUAAAAUUCUGUGACAGAACAACAGAAAUACAUGUACCUUCAAAUUAUUCAAGAAGUAAACAUAAAAGGGCGUUGGACAAGUUUGAUAAAAAUUCUUCACAAAAAUCUUCGGCGAAAAGUAUGUUUGUGUCUGAAGACUUCCAGAUAACUCCUUUGAGGAAGUACCAGCAAGAGUCUGAGUCUCCACAGAGACAAAGUAACACACAGGAAAGGCACCAGAGAUCCUUAAACCACAAGUCACCAAUAGACAUCCAUAACAGAAUAUUCAGUUCCUCUGAUUUUAUAGAAACCCCACUGAAGAGAAGAAAAUUUACUUUUCCACAAUCUACACCACAGUUAUAUCCACAAACAUCAACACCAUUACCUCAAAAGUCCACCGAAGCUGGUUUAGAUGUUGAUAGAAUGUUGACAAAACAAUUACACAUACCAGAUAUAGCGGGUGAUCAUGGUAUGUCAUCACUGUUAAUGACAAAAUCUGGAGGUUCGAAACCAUAUCAUUUCCAAGAUCAAGAAGAUACUGAUGCAUGUUAUAAUGUUUACAGAAAGACUAGGACUUCAAAAAAUUUGAAAAAUUUGUCAGCAUGUGAAGCAUCAAAUUUUACACAAGACCCAGUUGGAGAUUAUAGAAAUGAAAACAAAGUCAAUUGUAAAUUAGAUAUGAACUUGAUAGGAAUGAAGAUAGGUUUAAAGAGGAGUCCUGCAGAGUUAUCUGAUACAGUCCAUCCAGGAGAAGAAGUAUAAAGAGAAAAGGCAGUACAGAUUCUCAGAUGGCUGAAGUGCUGGAAGAGUUAACAGAACUGGAAAAACAAGACUGUUUAGAGGAUGUAUUUGACAUAGAAGAGGCACUCAUAAAUGGAG